GUUCCAUCCGAUGUCGGGAGUUGAAGUGUUCACAUCCUGCUGCUGGAAGUUGCUCGGGCGCAUUUCUACCUUGGUGUGUGACGGCGCAAGCGGAUCGCAGCUUCUGAAGGGUAAACGCCGGCGUGAGGAAUGUGGAUAAAAAUGAAUCUAAUAUACAGAACUAUAGGACCUUGGAUCACAUAAGGAUAAUCCACCAUUUCUAUGCUUCAGAAAUGAGACGACUUUGGUACCUCAAGUAUGUGGUCACUUUGCUGGCAUCAACAGCCUUAACCUUCCACUUGUUGCAUUCGAAAGUUGACCCAUCAGAAAAAGAUAAUAUUUUCCCAUCGGAGCCAGACAUACAUCAAGAGACCUCCCCUGUCAGUUACCAGUUUACGAAAAGUAACCGCUACCUGAUGAGGAAAUUGUCUCAAGGCAACCUGACGAAUUCUUCACGAAGCCUUGAAGCACCGAGUUGGAUUGUGCUGUCUGGAAAUGUCACCGUCCACGAAGGAAGCGAAAACGUACCUUAUGAAAUUUCGUAUAAAAUCAACGCAGAAAAUGUGUGCCAAAGCUUUGAUGAUUCAAGACGAAAACUCCUCAUCUUUGUCGCUUCCAGUGCGGAUCAUUUCACCCAGAGAAAAGUUAUUCGGGAAACAUGGGGUUUGAAAAUGCUCCAGGACGCCUAUAAUUACAGGAUAAUUUUUUUGUUAGGUGUCGGGGACGAAACUACGGAAACUACAACUGUUCAAGAAGGAUAUCGAUUCGGUGAUCUAGUCCAAAUUAACCUAACCGAAUCAUUCCGCAACUUGGGCAGAAAAUCCGUUGCAGGACUUCAGUGGACCAAAACAUUUUGCCAGAAGGCGGAAUUCCUUAUGAAAACAGACGAUGACAUUCUCAUCCAUGUUCCAAACUUACUGACAGCCCUCAGCAACAGUCCCAACCAGGAUUCUCUCUUAAUGUGCCAUGAGAACAGAAUGAGAAAAAUCUUGCGGAAGGAUAUGCUAGAUCAAGUUGCAUUGCCUCCUAGUUAUCAUAAAUAUGAAGUGUCCGAGAAUGAGCUGCCAGGGGAGUAUUACCCCCCAUACUGUUCCGGGAUGGCCUAUCUCUUUUCGAGUGCAGUGCGCGAUAGACUCUUACAGGCCAGCUUGGCAACUCCCGUCUUCUUCAUUGAAGACGUCUACCUGACAGGUUUCUGUCGUCAUAAAGCUGGUGUCAUCAUUACCAACCACGUGGGCAUAACCUUACGACCUCCCAUUGCCGUCAAUCAGGCCGCGGUUUGCACUUUCCGAGACGGUCGCAUCACCUCGCAAGAAGUGGGCGCUGAUGAGCUUCGUCAACUCUGGGCGGAACUGAACACGCAAGGAUUUUUUUGCCCCGAGUUAGUCGGUUACGCCCGCAGUAGAUCGUGGGCGUAAUAACGAAUUAAGAGAUUUUUAGGAACAAGCCUCAUUAUCGUGACGACGAUCCGAAUACUGCUGGUUAAUUACACUGUCAAAAGGAAUGUUUGCUAUGCAUACUAACUGCAACAUUUUCAUUGCUGUUAUUUUUCUUUCAUUUAAAAUAGAUGAAAAAAGAACAAAUAUCUGUUAUACGCUGUGGCAUUAUGCAAAUAGUUAGGAACUACUUACAUCCCAUUCGUCGAUAAUUUAUAAACUUCAUGAGAAUUCGUCAACAGGAAAAACCUAAACACUCUGAAAACAUAAUGAACUCUUGAAAACAAUUUUUGAUCAAAAGGUUCAUUAAAUAAAAUGGAUGUUUAAGUUAUUUGACUUUUGUUACACUGUCACAAAACACGAACGAUUAGCGCGGAACUACUUGAGGUCGUCCACAAAUGAUGUCACGUUUUGGCAUCAUUUGCGACAUCAACCAGCAGUGUACAGGGCUGCCACUGAGUUUUGUUACUAAAAAAAAACUACGACAGUUGCGUUAAAUACAAAAAAUAUUCUCCCAAAUUGUCACCAGGCUCGGAAAAUAAUUUCUAUAUUAGUCUCUUUUUCUUUUCUUUUUGAGCAAUCACGAUUGCUUAUUGUUCUCAUUUGACUGUUUUGAUGUCCUUU